CGAGCUCUGUCCCCAACAACCGAGCUUCGUGUCCAGCAACCCAACUCCGUCUCCAGCAGCUCAGCUCCGUCUCCAGCAGCCUAGCUCUGUCUCCAGCAGCCUAGCUCUGUCUCCAGCAGCCUAGCUCCGUCUCCAGCAGCCUAGCUCUGUCUUAGGAUAUCAUGAAUACUAGUGGUUUUGGCAAUGGCACAGGAGACUCUAUUGGAUCCACUCCUUCUAAAACAGAUGAUCCUGCUUGGGCUCAUUGUUUGAUUAUCCCAAGCAGAAGGAAUCAGACUAAAUGCUUAUAUUGUGAUAAGCUCAAACUAGGGGGUGGAAUUACUAGAUUGAAAGAGCAUCUUGCUGGAAUCAAAGGCAAUGUCAGUGCUUGCAAAAAAGUUUCAGCAGAUGUGAAGCGGCAAAUGCAACAGUUGUUGAGUGAGUUAAGGAAAGGGAAAGAAAAAAGAAAGAGACUUGGGGAUAUGGACACUCCUGGAGCCCAGAAAACCAUAAAAAAUGCUUUGCAAUCAAGAGAAAAACAAGAAGCUUCUAGGAUGGCUAUUGCUAGAUGGUGGUAUGAUGCUAAUGUGCCUUUCCAUGCUACCCGUUCAAAAUACUACUUGCCAAUGUGGGAUGCUGUCACAUCUAUGGGACCUGGUUUCAAGGGAUCGAGUUACCAUGAUUUGAGAGAUGGAUGGACAAAUCAAAGACAACAAUCAAUAAUUUAUUUCCUUGUUUAUUGUCCUAGAGGAAGCAUGUUUUUGAAGUCUGUUGACACUUCUGGUUUGACAAAGGAUGCCGAUACAUUGGAGAGGAUGUUUGAUGAAGUGGUGAAAGAAGUAGGAGUGGAAAAUGUGAUACAAUUUAUAACAGACAAUGAUGCUUCAUUCAAAGCUGCUGGGAAAAGGUAUGCAAGAAGUAGUGUUGGGAAAGAAGUAUGUGAAAUUGUCUUAGAAGAUAGAGAAUUUUCGUCUAAUUGCAUAUUGAUUGUCAAAAUCAGUAAGCCUUUGGUGAGAGUACUUCGACUAGUGGACAAUGAAGAGAAGCCGAGUAUGGGCUACUUGUAUGAGGCAAUAGAUAAGGCAAAGGUGACAAUAAAAAAGAAUUUUAAUAAUAGGUUGUCUCAAUACAUGCCUUACAUUAAGGUGAUUGAUGCUAGAUGGGAUAAGCAACUUUAUAGCCCAUUACAUUCAGCUGGUUGCUUUCUUAAUCCAGGUAUCUACUUUAGGCUUGAUUUUAACAAACAAACUGCUGUUAUGAGAGGUUUGCUUAAUACCUUAACAACAUUGAUACCGGAUGAGGAGAAGCAAGAUCUCAUUAGUUCACAACUUGAGGAAAUUAUUUGUAGAGGCAAAAAAGCAAUGGAUCCUCUUAGUCUUGAAAAUAUUGAUAUAUUAGCUGAUUGGAUGGCUGAGGAACCAGCUCUUCUUGACAAAGAUGAUUAUAAUGUGGAUUGGGCAGCUAUUGAUGAGUCUUUGUCAAAUCAAAGUCUUGAUGAUACUGAUAAUGUGGUUUAUGAUAAGGAAGAUAUCCCACAGAUUCCUGAAAAUGAAAAUGAAAAUGAACUUUGGGUUGGGGUUAAUGGAGUUACAGGUUAUGGAAUUCCUCCAAAUGAGGAUCCUUAUAAUUAUGUCCAAGAUAUUUAGUAAUGUUUUGAAAUUAAUUAUGCUGUUUAUUUGUAAUUUUCCCUAGAUAGAAACAAGUGAAGAACCCUUGUGAUGAACCCUUGUGAUGAAUGUUUUUAGCUUUUUAAAUUGAAUAUGAUUUUCUAUUGUCUGUUUAAUCAUUAUUAUCAUCUUAAUGUUUUUAAGUUAAAGUAUCCAAAGGAUUUUUGCUUGAGUUAUAAUGGAGUUUAAGUUAAUGGUUGAAGAAAGAAAGGAUUAUACC